UUGGUGCUCCUGCGCUGAAGCUGCCUGUCGGUCACUGCCACACAGAAAAAGCCAGAGUUAUAUGUAUUUACCAGACCGUUCAGAUCCUCGGAUCUCUCUGCUUUAGCGCGGCUGAUUUAGCCUUUAAGUGAAUGAGAAAAUGUUUUCUUAGCUCCGGAGGUUUUCCCCGUCAUGACCUCCCCGGGCCGCCCCUCCAGUUGAAUGGGAUCCCUCAUCGCGUCUCUGUCGCUCGUUUUGGCACCGACCGUCUCUGCUUCCUGCUCCAAAGCCCCGGUUUUAGGACCUGCGAGCUGUUGGUGUCUCUGAUCAGUUCAUUCAUGGUUUGAUGCGAAGUCCGCCUGUGUGAUCGGAAGAGAAGAGACGACGCCAAAUCUCCGGUAACCUGCGCGUCAGGGCCUCGGCCAUGGGGGGAUCCAAGAGUAAACCCAAGGAUGCCAGCCAGCGAACCCGCAGCCUCGAUGGCAACCUCAGCUCUGGAGGAGGGGCUGGAGGCCAUCACCUCAACUCCAAUCAGCAGUCCCUAACACCCAACCGUAGCCCUGCUAUGGAGGGAGGUCUCAGCGGCAAUCAGUCUAUGGCCAAUAAUGCAGAGCUGGCCCUGUUCGGAGGUGUGGACAAUAACAGCGUCACCUCUCCUAACAGGAUCACACUAGCAGGAGGUGUGACGACCUUCGUGGCAUUGUAUGACUACGAGUCUCGAACAGCCUCAGAUCUGUCUUUCAGGAAGGGCGAACGCCUCCAGAUAGUCAACAACACAGAAGGGGACUGGUGGCUGGCGCGCUCCCUGACCACUGGAGAGAGCGGUUAUAUCCCCAGCAAUUAUGUGGCUCCAUCCGACUCCAUCCAGGCAGAAGAGUGGUACUUUGGCAAAAUCACACGCCGCGACUCUGAGAGGCUGCUGCUAAGUUUAGAGAACAGGAGAGGGACUUUCCUGGUGAGAGAGAGCGAGACCACCAAAGGUGCCUACUGUCUGUCUGUGUUGGACUAUGACAACACCAAAGGGCUGAAUGUGAAGCACUACAAGAUCAGGAAGCUGGACAGUGGAGGCUUCUACAUCACAUCGCGCACGCAGUUCAGCACCCUGCAGCAGCUUGUUAAUCACUAUCGCAAGCAUGCUGAUGGGCUGUGUCACAGUCUGACAGACAUUUGUCCCGUACUGAAGCCUCAGACACAGGGUCUGGCCAAGGACGCCUGGGAGAUUCCCAGAGAGUCUCUUCGUCUCGACCUCAAGCUUGGACAGGGCUGCUUUGGAGAGGUCUGGAUGGGAACAUGGAACGGUACAACACGUGUGGCGAUCAAGACCUUGAAGCCCAGCACCAUGUCCCCUGAGGCUUUCCUCCAGGAAGCUCAGGUCAUGAAAAAACUGAGACAUGAAAAGCUGGUUCAGCUCUACGCGGUGGUAUCCGAGGAGCCGAUCUACAUCGUCACUGAGUACAUGGGGCAAGGUAGCCUACUGGAUUUCCUGAAGGGUGACAUGGGUAAGAUGCUCCGCCUCCCUCAACUGGUGGACAUGGCCUCACAGAUUGCUUCAGGGAUGGCUUAUGUGGAGAGGAUGAACUAUGUGCACAGAGACCUCAGAGCUGCUAACAUCCUGGUGGGAGAUAACCUGGUUUGCAAAGUGGCUGAUUUUGGUCUGGCUCGCCUCAUUGAGGAUAAUGAAUACACUGCAAGGCAAGGGGCCAAGUUCCCCAUCAAGUGGACAGCUCCUGAGGCGGCUCUGUACGGCCGCUUCACCAUUAAAUCUGACGUCUGGUCAUUUGGGAUCCUGUUGACUGAACUGGCCACCAAAGGCAGAGUACCAUAUCCAGGUAUGGUGAACCGGGAGGUGCUAGACCAGGUGGAGCGCGGUUACAGGAUGCCGUGCCCUGCAGAGUGCCCUGAAUCCCUGCAUGAGCUGAUGCUGACCUGCUGGAGGAAGGAGCCUGAGGAGAGGCCCACCUUCGAGUACCUGCAGGGCUUCCUGGAGGAUUACUUCACCUCCACGGAGCCUCAGUACCAGCCAGGAGAGAACCUGUAACUGGUGCUGAACACGGAGAUGUGCAUGUGUUGUGCAUGCGCAAAACUGAGCAUGUGCAUCUGCUUUCCAGUGCAUGGAUGAGUGUGUGUGUGAGGGUAUGUGCGUACAGCGUAACGGGGCUAGAAAGCCGACAGCAAUCUGGGUACAAUCAGUAACUCUCUCUGACAUCAAGGAUUGUCAGUGGGACAUCAAAACAAUCAGCAACAUUCAGCUCCUGCCUCUUUCCAAAGUCAUUGUCACACUCGUUGCCAUGUCAGCCAAGAGGGAUUAUUUUCAAAGGAAGGGACUAAACUGCGGUAUUAUUUUGAGUUUGUCAUGCAGCCAAGCAGGUUUUUUACUACCAUCUUUGUGUUUGUAAGGUACCCCAGACACUCUUCCUGUAUUAAUUCACCUGACUGGUCUUGUAGUUUGCCAGCUUCAACGCUGCGAAUGACAGCAGGCGAGGGCAUAACAGACUCCUGUGUUUGGCCUGAAUAUGGGGCCAAACACCAGAGUCCAGAGAAUGAACUUUGGAUACAAAUAUUGUCCUGCUGAAAGCGUCACUACAGGAUGUCUGUUUUCACUGCAUUUUCUGUGGGGUCCAACACGAGCUCAGACUUUGUCUUCCAUUUUGUCACUUGAGAAGCAGCUGUUUGGGAUGUGCGAUAAAUUUCCAGGACAUUGCGGAUCUUAAUUUUUUUUUUUUUUUUUUUUAAGUUUUGUUAUUAAACCUGGAUCAACUGGAUCAAUUUUCUGGUGAACACUUUUACUCUUUAACCAUGCUUCCCCUGAGACAAGUUUCUCCACUGCUGUGAGAUUCUGAACGAGGCCGUUUCCCUCAGAGUGCGUAGCCUCACUUGCCAGUCGGUAGGAUUUGGUUUAUCGCUGUGACCAACAUACAGCUCAACACAAAGAAGAGGCGAGGCAGAGUUUCUCUCUCUCUCUAUUUUCUAAUUGUGACUUUUCUUAGAAACAAAAUGCUACUGAUCACUACCGGUCAUCUCAGGAUGGAGAAGACUAGAACUCUGCUGCAAGGACUUUUGUGCCAAUGAAAAUCUCUUUUGUACUCAAUUAAAAGUGUAUUUUACUACUCUGAACUUUUCUUACAGUGAAGUCUGAGUUGUGUAAGCACAGGAUACGUUGUUCUCCUCAAAGGAUAAUCCACUGUUUCGACAUCAUGCACCUGUGCACAGGAGCAGCUGGCUCACCGCGGCAGUUUCGAGGUGUCGAUUUGUUUUUAAGGAUUGAAAUUAAAAUCAGGUGAAUUCUCUUUCACGCCUCCUUCCCGUUCUGACGUUCAUUAAUACGAAGAUUUAUGUUUUCAGCCAGCCUCAGUUCUUCCCUAACUAGUGCAUCUGUGAGCUCAAUCUUACACUGGAGAUAUUAUGUUUCUGUAAUGGUUAUGCCUUCCUUCAGCCAGUAGGGGACAGACCAGAACGCUUUCCCACAAAACAGCAUGUAUAGCAAAUAAAUUGGCAUCCUGAAAUUUAAUUGUAAAUAUCCUUAAUGGUAAUUUUUUUUUGUAUAUAUCACCUUUAUAAUUUAUUCCUUUUAAAAUAACCCAGUUGUUGCUGUCUGCAUCAUCAUUCAAACUUUAAUGUUUAUGGUACUUCUAUGGGUAAAAUAACAUCUGACAGUAAUAAUAUUAAAUGAAUAUAUAUUAUAGAAACUUUUACAUUACAAGUCUGUUUUUUGUGUGUGCAUGUAUUUCUGUGAAACUUAGCUUGGUUGUACAUUUUCAACACUGACUGACAGAACUGGUGAGCUGGCUCCAUAUUCUCUGACUCACACUGCUGAAGAAAAUCAGUUCUGUUUUGCCGGAUACUCAUCGUCUGGCAGCGUGAGUCCUUCCCAUAACACAAUCAAAACCUCAAAUGUUUACAUCGUGAUAAUCUUCAGAACCUGUCUGUGCUGCUUCAGAGGCUGGCAAAUGAGCAGUUAAUCAAGUGUCAUUCUUGUCAAGCAUUUCUGUUUUUUCUGAGUACACCUGUUCAGCAUGGCGCGUGUGCUGCCAUCCUUAGUACUUCCAUGAUCAUUCAACAUUGUCAUCGGCCACUCAGGCUCGGAUUUUCUAAAGCGCCUCUGAUUACAGAUGAAUAAAUAUCCGCUCAGAAGAUUCUGUGACUGCCACAAAUGGAAGGAGCUUGAUAUCUGUGUAGCGUCUGCUGUGUGUGGACAUGGGUUAUGCCACAAUGAAUGCAUUGAUCUGCAUGGAUGCAGUCAGGUUGUCUGGCAUCGUCCCCUUCUUUUCCAGAUCGGUAUCAGUGAAUGUUAAUGAGCAACAAUAUGAGGAAAGUGCACCUAAAGGGUCGUAUUGUCUGAAUGCAGCCUUGCUUACGAGCCAAGGACAUUUCCUGUGGGGUUAGGUUGGUCUUUUUUCUGGCUAUGCAGAUAUUUUUAAAAUCUGUGAUAUUACUACAUAUACUCUUUUCUACUGUAUUCAACGGGAAUUUUCAGAUAAAAAGCCGUUUGUUAAAUCCUGCUGAGUACUCUUCAAAUUUGAAAGGUUGUUUGAAUAAAAUUUGUAUAUUGCCAGUU